AUGGAAAAAUGGUUUCGACUACCAACUAUAGCCCAGCCUAUUAUCUUUCUUAGGAAUUCAGCUUCCGGCAGAGUUUCGUUAUAUCGCCAUUUGUCAUUGCGCAAAAUAGUUUCGCGUAACAACUUCAAGCAAGAUUAUGGUGUUAUUCAGAAUGCAAUUCUAAAUGAAACGACCUACUUUAAAACGUUAGGAAUAGGUGAUGAUUCCAAAGUACCAACAUUUGAUAUCGAUUCGGGUCAGUUACGUAGUAAUUAUCUGAAGCUUCAACAACUUGUUCAUCCUGACAGAUAUGGCAACAAAGACGAAGCAACUGAAUCAGAAUCGCUGGAAGAUCCUGAAUUAUUAAUGAAAAUAUUAGAUGCUAGAGAACGUCUGGAAGAAGCUAUUGAUGAAGAUGAAGCAAAAAACAUCAAAAAUGAAAGCGAAGCGAAAAUUAAUGAAAUUAUAACAGAGCUUUCGCGGGCGUUUAAAUCUAACGAUUUGGUUCAAGCGAAAAAAUUGACCGUGAAGCUUCAAUAUUGGUAUAACAUACGAGAUGCAGCUAUUGGAUGGGAACAGGGAAAACCGAUUGAUAUUCAUCAUUAA